AAGCAAGAUACAGUGGUUUCAGUGGUGGCAGAUUCAUACACCUCCGGCCAUGAACGAACAACAACAGUCUCUGAUUCUCGAAUCUUCCUCUCGCUUCUUGCCACCACAAGGAGUGAAGCUGUCGUACGGCACAGCUGGGUUCAGGGCCGAUGCAUCGCUGCUCCAAUCGACGGUUUACAGGGUCGGAAUUUUGGCGGCUCUCAGAUCGCUGAAGACGCAGUCGGUGAUCGGCGUCAUGAUCACUGCUUCCCACAACAAAGUCUCCGACAACGGCGUCAAAAUCGCUGACCCCAACGGAGGAAUGCUUUCUCAGCAUUGGGAACCCUUCGCUGAUGCCCUCGCCAAUGCUCCUUCUCCACAAGAACUGAUCCAGUUGAUAAAUGAAUUUGUCAAGAAAGAGGGUAUUCAGUUUGAUGGAGUUAAGCAUGCUGAAAUACUUUUGGGGAGAGACACCAGACCCAGCGGAGAAGCUUUGCUUGAAGCUGCUAAAGAAGGCGUCGCAUCGAUUGUUGGAGCGGUUGCAAUGGACUUGGGGAUUUUGACAACUCCUCAGUUACAUUGGAUGGUUUGGGCUAGGAAUAAGGGCAUGAAGGCCUCAGAGCAGGAUUACGUUGAACAGCUUUCGAGCUCAUUCAGGUGCUUAAUGGAUUUGAUUCCAAGUCAAAGGAGCAAGUUCGAUGGGACGAAUGACAAAUUGGUUGUGGAUGGAGCUAAUGGUGUAGGUGGACUGAAACUAAAAGUUCUAGAGAAAUUGUUGAAUGGUUUGCUUAUUGAGGUUCGGAAUAGCAGUGAAGAUGGAGGCGUACUGAAUGAAGGAGUUGGCGCUGAUUAUGUGCAGAAAGAGAAGGUUGCUCCACAUGGCUUUGGUUCCAGUGAUGCUGGGAUAAGGUGUGCUAGCUUGGAUGGAGAUGCUGAUAGACUUGUUUAUUUUACUGUAAAUCCAGAAAGCAGUGGAGCAAUUGAUCUUGUUGAUGGGGAUAAGAUACUUUCUCUGUUUGCCUUGUUUAUUCGAGAGCAACUAAGCAUUCUUAAUGAGAGAGAAGGCACAAAGAACAAUCACCAAGCCCGUCUUGGUAUAGUGCAGACCGCUUAUGCAAAUGGAGCAUCUACUAAUUACCUUAAACAGUUGGGACUUGAAAUCAAUUUGACUCCAACUGGAGUAAAAUACUUGCAUGAAAAAGCUGCUGAAUUUGAUAUUGGCAUAUAUUUUGAGGCAAAUGGCCAUGGAACUAUCCUAUUUUCUGAAUCUUUCGUAGGGUGGUUAGAGGCCACUACAAAUGAGCUCUCUGCAAGAUCUAAAGGUUCAGAUGCAGAAAAGGCGGCUUUGAGAUUAUUGGCUACCAGUAGGUUGAUCAACCAAGCAGUUGGAGAUGCCUUGAGUGGAGUGCUCUUGGUGGAAGUCAUAUUGCAGCACAUGGGAUGGUCCAUACACAGAUGGAAUGAACUUUAUCAUGAUUUGCCCAGCAGGCAGCUUAAGGUGAAAGUUGCUGAUAGGACAGCAGUGAUUACAACAAAUGCAGAAACUGUAGUUGUGAGUCCCCCUGGUCUACAAGAAGCAAUCAACAACGAAACCGGAAAGUAUUCUCAAGGUCGAUGCUUUGUGCGACCAUCUGGCACGGAGGAUGUUGUUCGUGUAUAUGCCGAGGCAUCUUCACAAGAAGCAGCAGAUAGCCUAGCCAACUCCGUGGCUAAACUUGUGGACCAAUUCUUGGGUUGACAUGCCUAUUCUCAGCAUCAAUCAUAUAUACAAAACAGCUUGGCUUUUCAAAGUUUUGUAAUCUUGAAGAGAAAAAAAAUUCUUAAGCAUUUUACUUUAUAGAGCAUUUUACCAAUUUCUGAGAUGACUCUAAUUCAAA